AGCGGUUUAACAUUUGACCCGACAGCAUCGAAAACGAACAUACCUUAAAAGCCGACCUCGACGGCUUAGUUUCACUUUUCAGAUCUCCCUUUUCCUCACGCCUUUGCACUGCUUUCAUUUCCAGUUUCAGGAUUUUAGUUUAAGAAGAUAUGGCAGAGUCAAAACCUGGAUUGAGAAAGCCAGUGUUCACUAAGGUUGAGCAGCUUCGCCCGGGGACUAGUGGCCACACUCUAACUGUGAAGGUUGUGAGUACUAAGAUGGUGAUGCAGAAGGGUCGUCCCGAUGGUCCUCAACCUCGUCAAAUGCGAAUUGCUGAAUCUUUGGUGGGUGAUGAGACAGGGAUGAUUAUAUUUACCGCCCGAAAUGAUCAAGUGGAUCUGAUGAAAGAGGGCUCUACUGUCAUUUUGCGAAACGCUAAAAUUGACAUGUUUAAAGGAUCAAUGAGGCUUGCCGUGGACAAAUGGGGUCGUGUCGAAGUCACAGAACCCGCUGAUUGCACCGUUAAGGAAGACAAUAACCUUUCCCUUAUCGAAUAUGAACUGGUUAAUGUUGUUGAGUAACUUGUUGGAAUAAUUUGCAACUUCUAAUGUGUUAUAAUGAAGAAUAAAACAAAUCCAGCAACUAGGAAUAGAGAUUUGGAAGCAGUAGUACCAAAGAGUUAAUUUCUUCCAGCUGAAUCAGUGGUUCUUAUACCACUGAAACAGACAUGUUGUGAUGAUGAUGAUGUGCACUGCAUUAAAUGAAAGAUAAGGAAAUUUGCUUCCAAAUCUUGCUUUUUGUUUUGCUAUCUUUUAAUUAUGGAUUUUGUGCAUCUUUGCUACCUUUAGAUUAUAUGUACCAGAUUAUAUUAUAUGUGGAAGACAAGCCUUUUAUAGUUGAUGUAA